UCAUCACGCAAGGGGUGGCGACGUGGAAAACAUGGAGGACAUGAGUAUGUAGAGUAAACUUAACUGUCAAAUAUACUCCAUUGUUUUGCGUGCUUUCUUUUCCAAGUCAAGGUUUAUAAACUAAUUGGACCAAACCUCGGAUUUCUACGAGUAAUAGUCGUCUCCUCGCGGCUCUGUUAGCCGGAAGAGCUACGGAAACUGCGAGAGGCAUUUAUGACAGGAUCCAGCAUAUGCCCUCUUAAGAAGCAGAGAAGAGUGGUGACUCUGGCUGAGUGGAGCCAGUAAAGAUGGGCGCCAACACCAGCCAGGUCAGCGAGCUGUCUGAUAACCCCAGCCUGAAAGCCUUGGUGGGUACCGAGUCCAUAUCCGAGAACGACCCUUUCUGGAACCAGCUCAUCUCCUUCACCUUCAUCAGUCCCACAAGCAGCGGAGACUCGAAGCUGCUGGAAGAAGCGGUUAUUCCUCUCGCCAAGGCCCUCAUUGAAAACAAUCCCAGGUCCGGGAACUUCGGCGCUCUCGUGAGAGUUUUCCUGGGAAGAACCAAAGAGCUGAAAAUCUCAACAGAAUGCCAAGAUCAGCUGUUUAUCUGGCAGGCCCACAAUGCACUGUUCAUGAUCCGCUGCCUGCUCAAGGUGUUUAUCAGGGAGAUGAGUGAAGAGGAGCUGCAGCUGCAGUUCUCCUACCAGGAGAGGGCGCCAGGCUUCUGUGGAGAAACAAGAAGCGAAGACCUCCUCGAGGAGCUCUUGUCCAACCUCGUUCACCUGAUUGUCGAAGUGCCCCUGCUUGACAUCACCUACAGCAUCCUGUUCGAAGCCGUCACCACCCUGCUGGUCUUCUUCUCCUAUCAGCUCUUCAACAAGGACAUCCUGCGAGACGGCCUCAUCUACCAGCACAUCAUGAAGGGUCGAUGUUUGUGUUUAACCAGUCGACUUGUGAAGACCCUGCUCUACAACUUCAUCCGGCAGGAGAAGUGUCCUCCUCCCGCAACCCACAUUUUUGAGUCCAAAGCUGAAGGUGGCUUGCUUUAUGGCCUGGCGUCCGGGGUGGCAAGUGGCCUGUGGAGUGUCUUCACAUUGGGUGGGGCUGGCAGUAAAGCGGGGACAGACCAGGAUCACAACCCCUUACCAUUGUCCAAUCAGAGCCUUCUGUUACUGCUGGUUCUGGCCAAUCUGACAGAUGGACCCGACUGGCCCAACCCCUACCGCCAGGCCAUCACUUGCUUCAGAAACACACAAGACACAUCAUCGCUGCCUGUGGAGCAACCUCACACCUUCCAGAUCAAUUUCAACAGCCUCUAUACAGCUCUGUGUGAGCAGCAGCGCUCCGACCAGGCUACGCUACUGCUGUACACCCUGCUUCACCAGAACGCCAACAUGAGGACGUACAUGCUGUCAAGAACUGACAUGGACAAUCUGGUUUUGCCCAUUCUUGAAAUCCUUUACCAUGUAGAAGAAAGAAAUUCUCAUCACGUCUACAUGGCCCUAAUAAUCCUCCUCAUCCUCACAGAGGAUGACGCCUUUAAUCGCUCCAUCCACGAGGUGGUAUUAAAGAACAUUUCUUGGUACACAGAGAGGUCACUGACAGAGAUUUCACUGGGCAGUUUGCUCAUCCUUGUCGUCAUCCGCACCAUCCAGUUCAACAUGACGAGGACGAGGGAUAAGUACCUGCACACCAACUGUCUUGCUGCUCUUGCCAACAUGUCGGCGCAGUUUCGGAGCCUCCACCAGUACGCUGCCCAGCGAAUUAUCAGUUUAUUUGCUUUGCUUUCCAAAAAGCACAACAAGGUUUUGGAGCAGGCAACACAGUCUCUGAGAGGCAGACAGGGAGACAACACAGCCUUGCCAGACUACGCCCAAGAUCUAAAUGUGAUUGAGGAGGUCAUCCGCAUGAUGCUGGAAAUCAUCAACUCCUGCCUGUGCAACUCUUUGCACCACAAUCCCAACCUGGUGUACGCGCUCCUCUACAAGAGGGAGCUCUUCGAGCAGUUCAGGACGCAUCCGUCCUUCCAGGACAUCAUGCAGAACCUCGACACGGUGAUUGGCUUCUUCAGUCAGCGUCUGGAGCAGGCUGGGAGCGACCUGUCCGUCGAGAGGGUUCAGGAGGUCAUCAUGAAAGGAGCCCAGGCGCUGCCGACAGACCGGCUGAAGAAGUUUCCUGAGCUCAAGUUCAAGUACGUGGAGGAAGACCAGCCGGAGGACUUCUUCAUCCCGUACGUCUGGUCCCUCGUCUUCAACUCGGGAGUCGGCCUCCACUGGAGCCCGCACGGCAUCGAGCUGUUCAGCAUGGACUCCGGCUGACGGACUGCGUGCCCUCAUCCCCCCCUCAUUCAAUAACAGACUGGACUGGCAGUGUGGGUUUGCGUGUUUUAAGGUUGUGUGUAUGUGUGUGUGCAUUACCCUUUAUAGUAUGUGCACGCUGCUUUGAAAGUGCCUCGACCUUGUACAGGAUGGUGUUUCUUUUUUAUGCACCGCCUCCUUCUCCCCCCCCCCCUUCUCAUAUCAUAGUAAUGAGUCCUGUGCUCCGACACUGUGAGGCUCCCACACCUGUACAGUCAGUCCUGUAUUAAACACCUAUUUAACAUCCGAGCACCCGGGUCCGCAGCACACGCUGACUCCUGUCGUCGUGAGGAGCUCAGGAAAACGGGCGACGGAUAAUCCCUCGUUUAUUCCCCUUGCUUACAAAGAAAAGGUCAAUUAAAGCAUACGCGCCGCCGCGUUAAGACUGCCUUGGUUCGUCCGCCGCCGCCGCACUGAAUGCUAAAAUAUUUCUCCAACUUAACAUUCAAGGCCGACCACGCGUCUCCGAAGACACAACAGAAAUUUAAUUAAAUAUCCUUCAUUAUUCCGAGUUUUUUUUUUCCGUUGUGAUUAUCUGGCGAAUUCGUUUGCCACGCAGCAUCGCUGAGGUUUUGUGCGGCAGGUUCAGGUCAGAAGACGAAUUUAUCGCCAUCUGAAAGUCUGUUCUGCUGAAAUUCAUGGAGUUAGAGCGAAGGCUGGAUAUUGAAGGACUCCACUUUAAUUAAGGCUUCAUUGCGCUCCCUUGAUAAUAUUAGCCAUCUGCAUCACUCUGGUUCAUGUGAUUUCCUUUCUUGCUUCCAGCUCGUCUGUUUGACUUUACCCCGUCUUUGUCACUCUGAUUUCUCCCUCUCCUGAUGGUAACCCUCGGCGUACACUGAAACUAGGACAGCCAUUAAACCGUCUGUCCUGAUGUGCAUAAUCACAGUUGCCCCUUUACAUUGUUACUUUAUUUGCAUGUUUAACUCGAGACUUAUAAGUUAUUUAUUUUCAUGCAUAUUGUUUUUUUUUUAUAUAUAUAAAUAUAUCCGGCACCCAAAAUAUCCAUGCUAGUAGUAUUGAAAUGAGUACUACAGUAGACAGGAGCAAAAAAAAAAAAAAAAAGAAAAACUGGUGGUACGACCCUUUGAUGAUUCCCAGGUGGGAAUCUGGCUUUAUAUUCUGUAAAAUGUCAUUUUCUGGCAAAAGAAUUCUUUGAAGAUGGGA